AAUGAGCACAGCUCGCUGCUUGCCGCCGUCACCCGUCUCGGUCCCCACCUCCCCCUGCCGGGGUGAGGGUCCCUGAGGAACCGCGGAUUGCGCCUUCCUGACGCUAACGGCGGCCCGUCUGCGGCGGCAGCCGCCUCCAUCUCGCUGCGGCGCGGCACGCCGCGGAGCCGACUCGACUCUGCCCGUCGCUAUUUAUUUAUUUAGUCUCCCCGGCCUCCCGCACCCCUGCUCACUCCCAUCCGCCAGUCGCCCCACGUUUUGUUUUUUUCUUCCCCCUUAAUUUUUUUCGCAUCCCGUCUGGCCGCGCUGCCGGCCGGGUACGAUGCCGCACGUGGAGAUGCUGCUGGUGGCGGCCGCGGCGCUGUGGGUGUGCGUGCGCGGGCAGGAGCCCGGCGCCAAGGCGGUGGCCGACCGCUACGCCGUCUACUGGAACAGCACUAACCCCAGAUUCCAGCGGGGUGACUACCACAUUGAUGUCUGUAUCAAUGACUACCUGGAUGUGUUCUGCCCUCACUAUGAAGACUCAGUGCCAGAAGAUAAGACCGAACGCUAUGUUCUGUACAUGGUGAACUUUGAUGGCUACAGCUCCUGUGAUCACACAUCCAAAGGGUUCAAGAGGUGGGAGUGUAAUCGGCCACAUUCCCCAAACGGACCAUUGAAGUUCUCGGAAAAGUUCCAGCUCUUCACGCCCUUCUCACUAGGAUUUGAAUUCAGGCCAGGCCGGGAAUAUUUCUACAUCUCUUCUGCAAUCCCAGAUAAUGGAAGAAGAUCCUGUCUAAAGCUGAAGGUCUUCGUGCGGUCAGCAAACAGCUGUAUGAAAACUAUAGGUGUUCAUGAUCGUGUUUUUGAUGUUAACGACAAGGUAGAAAAUUCAUUAGAACCAGCAGAUGAUACCGUACAUGAGUCAGCUGAGCCAUCCCGUGGUGAGAACGCAGCACAGACACCAAGGCUACCCAGCCGGAUUUUGGCAACUCUGUUGUUCCUCCUGGCAAUACUUUUGAUAUUAUAGCACACUAUGCUUCUGCAACCUGUCACAGAAAAUAUCAGGAUCUUGGAACAUCAAAGAUCCACCUAACUGCUCAUCCCAGAAAAGGAACUUUAUUGUUUUUGCAGAUGUCAAAUUGUUAUUUUUCCCUUUUUCUUCUCCUGUUUAGCCUGAACUCAGCAAAAAUUUGAAGGGGAUAACUAGCUUCAUCACCAAUCCCUACCUACCCUGUGACUUUCUUAACCCCUCUAAUAAAUAAAAGGACUCCAAGUGAAAAUGCCAAACUUUAACAGUGACACUAGUGAUUCUUAUUUUCCUCUGCUUUCUCCUUUAAGAAGUCACCUCUGUUAGCUCACUGUGUCAUCCAUAUGUGGACGUGGAAGAACAGUGGUAGAUGCAGUCAGUGAAGGAUAAGCAAAGUAAGUGAAAGCCUGGGAGAGUUUUUCUCUCCAAAACAAUGUUUAUGCCUUCUUGUUCAGCAUUGUCAGACGAUCAUGCAAGGCAUUGCAUCACCACAUCAGGACUGGAGGGAAGUCUUAAGAAUAGAUAUAACACUGUAUCCUCCAGGAGUUUCUGUAUGAACAGGCUUCUGAAAGAGAAAAAUGUUUCUUGAAACAUCUUUAACAGUGAAAAUUGUGCUCACAAGUAGAAAUGCUGUCUUUGUGAGAGGAAGAAGUUAGUAUUUAGGGAUGUUAACACACAGCAGGCAAGGUCAGAUUUAGGAAACUUCACUGGGGGUGUGAGUGCCUCUGUUAUUUCGUUUUAAGGGGAUAAUGCACACCGGACUAUUUUAUUUGGAAAGAAAUCACCGUGGUGCUACAAUUUUUUUCUUGAAAUGCAGAGGCACUUUUGAGAAUAAAGUGACCUUCCCCAGCGCUGACUUAGUAGCUGAUAGCUUUGGACACUGCUCUGGGUGUUAAUACAGAAGAUCAGUGGCUAGAGGAAACAUGUUUGGGACACAGGAUCUCCACUGUGGUCUUGAUUUGUCUCUACUGCAAGUUCCUCUAUGAUGGGAAUAAGCUACAUGUAGAAGAAGCAAGAACAGUCUACAAGCAUUGUUUGGUGAGGGGAAAAAUCACAAGUGUGGAAUAUGAAUUCAAGUGCUGAUUUUUUAUCUUUUCCCCUUCUGGCACAGUUUGAAGGGUAGAGGAAAUGUGUUUAUCUGCCGGAGAUAAACUAGAUGGCCUCCCAAAGACUUAACAAAAUAUUUUUUUAAAAAUCCACUAGAAUAGAAAAUACAUUAUUUAGAUAUGCUUUAUGCUGAAAGUGAGUAUAUAUGCUUGUCCUAUUUAAACAUGGGAAAGAAGUGGUAACGCUUGAUGCAAUUAGGAAAUGGGACUGUCUUGUUUGAUGGAAUUAGGAGUGACCCUGUUUAAGGAAGCUAAGCCUUGGCUAAUGUAAAAUUUCAGAAAGUUGUUUGCCAGGAAGUGCAAGCCUUGGUGUAUUUUUUGACUAGGCUGCCAUGAAAUUUGAACUGCAAAGCAUAAAUCAGGGAGAUAUCAGACCAAGACUGAAACAGAUUUUCUAACAAAAACUGUAAUAAUUAUGUUAAAUGUGAAACAAAAUAUGGAGUGCAUUGAAACAAAGCAAGAGUUUUUCAUAUUAAUUCUGAAGAAAAAGUCUGCUGUAGCAAAAUUGAGUGAUACCAUUAAUGGACAACACUUUGUGGGCCUUCUUUAAUGAAGAAAUGCUUUCCAGAAGUUGAAUCAGCACUACUGGAAAAAAAAAAAAAAAAAAGGACAAAAGGGGAAAAUAGAUUUAACAUGCAAAGGAAGGUGUUUGCCUGAUAUAAUACAAUAUGGUCAUUAAUGCAGGGCUUAUGCUUACAGGAGAAAUGUAGGAAGUUUCCUGUAGUGUGAGGUGCACACAAUAAAGAUACACAGUCUAAACAGAGAAGGGAAGUCAUUAUCUCACUACAGGCUGUCUGGUACUCUUCUCUUUUUAAUGUAUAUGUGCUGGUACACAAAACUAGUACUACAGUAGAUGGGAAUGAAAAUGCUUUGAAUGAGGUGAGCUUAGUCAAAAUGCACCUUAUCAAAUGGAUUAUUAACCAGAAUAAAGUUAAUAUUGCAUGACAAGUAAGCAUAUUGAAGUUAUUAAUAGUGAUUGCAGGGAGUCAUACCAGUAGCCCCUAUUUUAGGUAGAAAUGGUGACUUCAUUUUUCAUCAUUUGUCUCUGAAUGAUGUCAGAGUUCCAGAUGUACAUUUGUCCACAGCAAAUUAUUUUCACUAGUGUUACUCACUUCUGGUGAAAUUCACCUUUUGUUUUACUGCAGAGCCCUGCUGGGUAGAUGAGGAGCAACAUGAGUGAUACAGCUGUGGGGCAGGUCCCGGUGUUGCCUGGGGUGGUUGGGAGCGUACAGCACACUGACAGUUUGAUGCUUGAUGGCAUCAGGCAGUCCCAGUCAUAGCAAGUUCAUAAAUGCUGAUGGGCUUUGUGUUGCACUGCAGAUCUCUGGAUGCUUUAAAUGCAACUGUUGGUGCAAAUUCACGAGAUUUCUGCCCCUUUUCCCUUCGUCUGCUCCAGCUGGAGUCUGAGGGACUGAUUCUCCCUUCAGCUUAGGUGGCUUACUUACCCUCAUGACCUGCAUUCCUGGCUGCCAAGGGCAUUGCAACCUGAAGCAGGAAAAAUAGGGAUCAGUCAGUUUAGUGGAUACUGUGUAUCCUUUAAUAGGCAAGGUAACAUUUUGUGUUCAUUUGGAAUGUUGUUUUGUACUGUACUUGGAUGGCGAAGGAAAGACACGUAAAACUUAAAGCUAUGUUCUUUAAAUUCUGUAUUAUUAGCAACCUCUGUUGUAUAUAGUGUUUGAUAAUAGAGUAUUAAUUUGAUUAUUAUGUCUUUUGUAAGUGAGAACAAUAGACUUUCAGGAUAUUAAUGCAUUGAUUGCAAGACAGAUCUUUGAAGCAUCAAGUGUGAUCAUGGCUGAGAACUGAGAGACAAGUGGCCAUGACACUGCAGCAUACAGGACUCAUGUUUGAAAAUUGCUUAUCUGUUGCAAGACUUCACAAUGUCAAGACCUGGAACAACAUAACUUUUGAUGAUCAAUGUUUUGUCCUCAGUAUUUAAAGGUCUAAUGUUGGAGCCCUGUGUUUUUGGUGUUACUUUUUGUUCUUUUUGUAUAAUUUUUGUUUCUAAAAAGGCUUUGGGGAUAUAACAACUUUUCUGUUAUUUUGUUCAGGUUUAUUAUUAUUAUUAUUGUUGUUAUUAUUGUUAUUAUUAUUAUUGUUGUUGUUAAUAUUAUUAUUAAUUUCCUCCUGUUUUCCUUCUGGUUUUGUUUCCACGAACAGUUUUUUUCCAGAAAGGAUCUUGCCAGUGUCAUGUGUGAUAUGUGUACAUCCUUGGUUUCAAAAGAGCUAGAAACAAAUUUGGGAGGUAAUGAGAGUAGCAGAGUAGAUAGUUUCCUUUCCUAUUAUAGUUGUGGAAGGAGAACAUUUGUAUUUGUAUCUGUUGAUUCCCACCCCCAGCCCUCAAAACUGAACUUGCCUCAGGAGGGCAAUGGUUCAUUCACUUUCAGAGGCUUAAGAGUGUUAACUCCUCCCCUCCUUUCAUUACACUUGGAUUUUGUAAUCACCAGUUUUAAUGUAUGAUCCUCCACACUUCUCUUCCCUCUUCCUGCCCUUUCUCCUCUCCCACCCUCCUCCUUUUUUAAUUUGGAGCUGUGAAUGGGCAUAUCUCUGUCUGAUCUGGCAUCACUGAGUUUUUCCCAUGCAUUUGCCCUCGAGCUUCUCAGAUGUGAGAUGAAUCUCCCUACAGUAGGCUUGCUGCCAUUGUCUGUACAGUUUAAUAGAUGCUGGCAUGUUGGAGGUUACCCAUGAGUCUGCGAAAUUUGCUUUCCAUGCUUACUCUUAAUGCCCCAGUGAAGACACUCAUUGUGUAUGCAUCUGGGUAUGAAAGUCCAGCUCAGUGUAGUCCUGUGCUUGUACUACCCUGCUUUGCAGUUUCUUUGCACUUAUUCAUUGAGUGCUUUUUUUGAAAUGCUUACAUUAUAUGAACUUAAAAGAAAAUGUUAAAAAUACCAAACAACCCAAAAUGCCUGCCCCAUAAGAUCUAUGUUUGUAUAUACACGUGUCCGUACAACUAUACUUAAAUAAAAUUCAAGAUUUUCAUCA